AUGCCAGACGUCCUUAUUAUGAAUCACAGACCUCUGGAUCCUCCUAGCCCAACCAGCUCUGCGACUUACAUUGAGUGUUCUUCUCCAGGUUAUAAGGCUCCCAUGAUCAAUAAAGGAACAUUCAAUUUCGAGCCACUAUAUGGCAGUCGUUCACCCACUAGCAUGUCGUCUAGAUUGUCAACUGGAGUCAACCAUGAUAUCCCUCCUGGCAACUUUUUGGCUGAGGCACAAACCAUCUUGAGUGAUUCUAACAUCCCUAUGGACGUAAUCAAAGAGGCCAUCUCAGCUCAGUUUGCUACCUGCGAGAAGCACCGCAACCUCCUAAUGUCAAAGAUGUGGGAGCUUGAAGAAAUCACUAGGUGGAAGAGGUUUUCGAAACGCACCGUUGCUACCUUGCAGAAGGAGCACAGCAUUGCUCAGUCAGGGUUGAAACUAUGGUUAGAUUUAGCACAGAAACAGAUUUCAAGAGAUUCAGCCGAUACCAUCCAGACCUACCGCAGAGAACAGGAGGCCCUCACCGCUGUACAAAUGGACCUUGUUAACUUGGAAGGACUUGCUUCUUCCCAGGGGAUGGCUGAUGGAGAUUUGAUUCAAGAAGGCACGGAUGAUGACGAUGAUGACGAAUAUUCCGCCAUGUCAGACAACGACAGUAUUAAACCAGGGUGUAAAUCGGACCUUAAUCCUUCCCUCCAACCGGACAGCACCCAACUCGGGCUUCAAGAAGAACAUACCCAGCCCCCGCUUUUGUACAGCGACUUCUCAGUGAUGAUGGAAGGAUACGAUGACAAUGAGGGAGAGGAGGAGGAGGAGGAGGAAGCGCGAAACGAUCAGCGUGGGUCCUACCGGGAGCACCAACCACUUCCAUACAACAAUCUCCCUCAGCCCCACUACGGGCGGAACCAUAGUAUGCAAGAUCAGGACCCUGGUGCUCCUCAGCAUUACCAACCCCUUCCAUAUUACCCUCAGCCAGACCACGACCCUGGUGUUCCUCAACACUAUCAACCCCUUCCUUAUUACCCUCCGCCACAACUGCAGUAUGAUGAUCUGCCGCCUUCCAGUCCCCCUCGUGACCCGCGCUUUGACAACCAACUUAGCAUGCCAUCAUCCAGCCGGCAACCUGCUCCCCCCCCCCAUCACCAGACACGUACGACUAUCUACCAAAUGUACCUACGUUUGAAGAUCUCAUACCUCCCGGAAUCCAGGAACUCGAGCACACUACACGCUCAAGGUUCAGAGGUCUUGAUCAAAUGCGAGGAGAACGCCUCGAGCACCAACAGGCUCGGUGUGCAGCCCAAAGAGCCAACGAGGGCAACUCAUUACAACUGGCGUCAUCAGGUAUCUGUUACAGUGCCGAUUCCAUCCCGACAACAACUACCGGCACCCAUUACGCCAUCCAGCCUUCAGCCUAAUGCUGAUCCUGGACCCCGACAGCUGACGGACAAAGAGCUAAAAGAUGUGAAGAAGGAGGCGAAACGGGUGAUGCGCAGAAAGGUGCUCCUCAAGAAUGCGAUGCCCACGACGGAACGGAAUACUGGAAUGGCUAAGGAAGCAUUUUUGGAGGUGGUGGGACGUGUAGUAUCGGGUGUAUCAUUGACGGCCUCGCAAAUACCGGAUCGCACCGAGACCUGCAAGAAGCUAUCAGGGAUCACGACGACUGUGCGUGGAGUCUUCAAGAAGGAGGCGCAACGGCUCAUUCUCAACCACUAUUCUCUUUCUCUUGAAGCCGGAGACACAAGAUCAUUGACUGACCACAGAGAGACUACUGUUGCCCCGCUUCUCGUCAACCACAGCUAUCUUUUUAAAGAUCCAACAGUCAUGUCCCCUGUCAACCACCCCGCCGUCAUCGAGACGAUCUGUAAUUCCCUCUGGACCACUCAUCUUCAUGAAGCGCUCGACUUCAAUGAGCUCGACAAGCUCUACGACUUAUUUUCAAUCAGGGGCGCUGCAGUCCAUAACACUCUACUAGAGUUCCAAGACGGAGUAUAUAAGUCAGUACAAUUUUCACCAGUGUCUUUGUCGGCAACGGAGUACAAAGCAAUUCAGACUCACAAUAGCAUCGUCCACGACACGCCUACGCUGCAUUCUGCUUCGUUGUCUGUAAAGCAGAACAUGAUUGCUCUGGGGACGGCUUUGCGUGCACGUUGA